CACUUAUAGCUUCUUCUCGCAACAGGGAGCUUGCAGCUACGAGGAAGAGACGCCGGGGAAUCGCAUCGAAACUCACGCGACUCAAGUACCUCGCAACAGCCUCGCCUGAUCGGACCUCAGUCGCCAACUUUCGCAAAAGUGAGCCUGCAACCAUGGAGACGCCGCCGCAGUCACCUGGCAACAGCAUCAAGUCGGCGCCCACAUACGGGCGGCCACCGUCUGGGCUUCAGUCGCCCAGGCUGACCGUCAACGGCCGUGACGACCCGUCAGAAGACGUUCGACCGUCUCUGGUGUCUGCAGUAACUGAGCCACCUCGUCUCCAAGGCUUCGCAAGCCCCAUCAGACAGCAUAAGCGCACUCCGAGUGCUCAUCGCGAGAUCAAAGAAACAUUGGACGCGCGUGUCGAGUUCUCUAAUGACGAAACAGAUGGCCGGACUCACCAUAGAAUAAAUCAAUAUGUGAUUCAAGAGGAAAUCGGCCGCGGCUCCUACGGCUCCGUCCACCUGGCGACAGAUCAGUUCGGAAACGAAUAUGCUGUCAAGGAGUUCUCCAAGGUCCGCCUACGAAGGCGAGCACAGUCCAUGGCCAUGCGUCAAGGCCCAGGACCGUCACGACGAAUGCCUACUAGGGGAGGCAACUUGCCUCCUCAUCUCGUUGGCCUGAGAGACCGCGAAAAGAGCGAUGCCCUGUUCUACAUCCGAGAGGAAAUUGCCAUCAUGAAGAAGCUUAAUCAUCCCAACCUGGCCCAGCUCAUCGAAGUGCUGGAUGAUCCCGAUGAAGACUCUCUGUACAUGGUCAUGGAGAUGUGCAAGAAGGGUGUCAUUAUGAAGGUCGGCUUGUGUGAAGAGGCAGAUCCGUAUCCCGAAGAGGAGUGCAGGUUCUGGUUCCGAGAUCUGAUCUUGGGCAUCGAGUACCUGCACGCUCAAGGCGUCAUUCACCGGGACAUCAAACCUGACAACCUCCUGCUAUCCGAAGACGAUGUCCUCAAAGUCGUCGACUUUGGAGUCUCGGAAAUGUUCGAAAAGCCCACCAACAUGACAACUGCCAAGACUGCUGGAUCUCCCGCCUUCCUACCUCCUGAGCUGUGCAGCAAACACGACAAGGUCUCUGGCACAGCGGCAGACAUAUGGUCCAUGGGCGUCACCCUCUACUGUCUCAAGUACGGCAAGAUUCCCUUCAACAGAGAGGCCGUGCUCGAGAUUUACGAGGCCAUCAAGACCGAGGAGCCGCAGUUUCCUGAGGACGAGAAUCCAACCUUUGUCCAUCUCAUGGGCAGGCUGCUGGACAAGAACCCGGAAACACGAAUCACCAUGGCCGAGCUUCGGGAACAUCCCUGGGUGACCAAGGAGGGGACCGACCCUUUACUUUCCACAGAAGAAAACUGCGCCAACCCCGUGGAGCCGCCAAAUGAGCUGGAGCUCAGCCGGGCGUUUACGAGGAAGAUGAAUCACCUGCUGUGUGUGAUGAAGGCCAUCCACCGGUUUAGGAGCUCAUUGUCAGCGAGCAGGCGCAAGAGUGGCACACCUCAGUCGACUGCAGAAAAGAAAGCGACCAAGCCAACGGACACAAAGACAUCGAUUGCUGACAUCGCGGCGCGCAUCACGCAGCAGAAGACGGCGCUCCUUGCGCCCGAGGCCGAGGAAGGAAAACAUAAAGGCCAAGCCCACGACAUCACCGACCAAGAGCCGCCAUUCCUGGGCAUUGGCACGGGGGCCAGAGAUGCCUUUGCGACUGAUGAGAAGACACCAGACGUCGUGUCAGACUCCCCGACAGCGGUCGAUUUCAACGUCUAUGAUCGAGCCUAUGAGGAGGCCAUCAAGGAGCGAAUGAAACCGGACCAAUCAAACAACCCCAUCAUGUAUCUGACGAGGCACAUCAAGGAAAAGGACUAUUUUAAGAAACUGAGCAACCUGGUGGACGAGGCUUCUGUCUCAACCUCUCCGCCAAAGACGACGGAGAAGAAUUCCAAGCAGCUUCUAGACCCUCUCCCUGUCCAUCCAGGCAACAAAUUGGCCGAUCUUGUGUCUAAACUCAAGGUCUCGGAUGGAUCCGAGAAUAGAAGCAAGACAAGAGACCAGAAUUAA